CACACUCGUCAGAAAGCCCCCCAUCAGAUCACGCACAGCCACGCACGGACACAGACAGAGCGCGCGGGAUGCCUGCGAAUUGACGAGCUGCGUCCAUCAAACAACAGAGAAUCAGCAUCAUGACCAGGUCUGUGAGGGAGGAGCACACGUCAGUGGAAUCGGACGAGCAGCGGGAGCUCUGCAGCCCUGCAGGCAGAGAGACCGAGAGGGCAGCAGCCGGAGUUGGAGAGGAGGAGGAGGAGGAGGAGGACCUGCUUCACCAUCCGGAGGAGGACGAAGAGGAAGACGACGAGGAAGACGAAGAGGAAGAGGAGGAUGGCGAGAACAAACCCAAGCGGCGAGGGCCAAAGAAGAAAAAGAUGACCAAGGCUCGCCUCCAGAGGUUUAAGAUCCGUCGAAUGAAAGCCAACGCCCGGGAGAGGAAUCGAAUGCACGGGCUGAACGACGCUUUGGAGAGUCUCCGAAAAGUUGUCCCCUGUUACUCCAAAACCCAGAAACUGUCCAAGAUCGAGACCCUGCGUCUGGCCAAGAACUACAUCUGGGCUCUCAGUGAGAUCCUGCGCUCCGGAAAGGCCCCCGACCUAAUGAGUUUCGUCCAGGCACUCUGCAAAGGUCUGUCUCAGCCGACCACUAACCUGGUGGCUGGCUGCCUUCAGCUGAACCCUCGGACCUUCCUUCCGGAGCAGACGCCGGACAUGCCCACGCACCUUCCCCCCGCCGGUGCUGCCGCCUAUCCCGGACACUUCCCCUACCAGAGCCCCGGACUGACAGCCGGUUUGCCCAGCCCCCCCUACGGCACCAUGGACCCUUCCCACAUCUUCCACCAGGUCAAAGGUCAGCCGUACGGCUCCUUGGAACCCUUCUUCGAUGGAGUCCUGGUGUCAGAUGGCCCGGCGUUCGACCCCCCCCUCAGCCCACCGCUGAGCAUCAAUGGCAACUUCUCGUCCUUCAAGCAUGAGCCCGCUGCUGCCCCCGACUAUGACAAGAGCUUUUCCUUCGGGGUGCACUACGGAAGUGGAGGAGCUGGGGGCCAUCCCGCCAUCUACGGCAGCGGAGGGCUAACCCCACGGUGCGGGGAGCUGCAGGUGGAACAACUGAUGGCGUUUGAUGGACACUCGCACCACGAACGGCUGAUGAAUGCCCAGUUAAACGCCAUCUUUCAUGACUCAUGAGGAUGAAGGACUGUGAGACCAAUGAAGGCAGAGGGAACGUGACAUGAGGAGACUACUAUCAAUCCAUCAACUGUCUCUCAUUCUGUCCUUGCUUUUCAUCCUGUCUUCAUCAGGGUCUUUACCUCCUCUUUAUGAUGGCAGUUCAACAAUGCCGUAACCUUCUUUGUAGCGCUUCACCUGGCAGGAGACGCUCAUUGAAUGUCUUGUCAGUGUCCAUAUUAUCAUUUCAAAAAUAAUCAAUAAUCAAUGAGCAAUAAUCUGGAGAAAACUAUGCAAUUUUGUUAAAAACUGAGCAAAGCUCAGCCGAUGAUUCCAAAUGUUGAAAGAAUAAAGAUUUCUCUAUUUUUUUGGAGGGUCAGUGUGUGAGGCGACGUUGGGCUGGUGUCAGGUGUUAAUGUUGUUUUUAAGUUUUUGCUUUUUAUAUGGUCUCUGUAGCAUUACGUUAUCAUUUCAUGUGACUCUUGUUCAUAUUUUAUAAGAUAGAUGUUUAUAAAGGCCUUUUAUUAAAAGAAAUUUCAUGUGAUUUACCUGUAAGACUCGGUUUAUCUGUAACAACACAUCAUUAAAAAAACACUACAACUUAA